ACAACCUCUGUGUUAGUAAGUCAGCCAAGCAACAGCCGAUCAUUUAAUAAAGUUUACAUUUCUAUGUAUUUUUAGCUAAAACUCUUGCAGAUUGCGCGACCCUUCUAACUUAACCUAAACUAAAAAACCAAGUCCAACUAAACGCCAGGCUAACUCCUAACUAAAUUAAAUUCCCUACAAACCAUCAUAAAAUCAUCCAAAUAACCAUUUGCUUAGGAUAGAGUGUGGAACUGAACAGGAUUAUCCGGUUAGUCGACAUUAGUUUAUUCCUGGCAGGCGGCGAGGAAACAGGCAAACACAACAUAAAAUCUCGUAUCCACUGAACCUUAGGCAGGCAACAAAAAUAAACGCUUUAAAACCAAAACCAGAAGAGGAGCAACUGUAGCUGAGAGAAAGAGAAAGUGCAGUGACCAUCUCGUCGAAUGAUGUUAGACAUUAAGAAGACCAGAGGAUUCCACAAGAUUCCACAGGCGUCCAAAUUGCAGUCGGCAACAUCAUCUAUAGUAGCAACACCUGGAGAAGGUGCAAAAGAAGUAUCAUCAUCAGGGGGAUCGACUGGAGCAAGAGGAGGACCCAACAAUCCGGUGCGGACAGCCAAUCAACGUUACUUUCUAGUGUCCAGCUACAAGGAUCCCACAUUUCUAAAGGCUGAAUGCGAGUUGGCCCAUGCCCAGGUGACAGCCAGCAAGGUGAAAACCACGUCGCAACCGCAGAAGCGUUGUCGAGCUGGUGAGGAUUCAAGGAACAAUAAUCACCGCCACAACGGAAUCCGGGCACCAACGCUGGUUAAUAUGCGACGCACGCCCAUGUUCAAUGGCAACCAGCAACCAAAUACCAUUAGCAGUAGCACCACCAACACGAGCAGCAGGAACACUACCAAUAACACCAGCAACGGAGUGCUUAAGCUCAGUGCACGCUCUACGCCAGCAGCAGGAACUGCAACUUCUACGUCUACCAGGAGCUGCGGCAAGCUGAAGCCGCUCAAUAACAACCAAUCAUCCGCUGGAGCAGCUAUGAUGAAUGGCCAUAGCAGUAAUAAUAAUAAUAUCAACAGCAGCAACAUCAGCAACCUUAACAACGGUGGAAAUAACAACAUGCAACGCCAGCAACAGCAACACGAUGAUAUUACCUACAUUGACAGCGAUGAUCCUCCGACCACUGGUCCUGGAGGCGGGUCAUCAACCAAGGCGAGCAUUUGUUACUUCAAGCCAAUCACACCGCCGUUGCAGUUACGACAUUACUCAAAUCAGGCCCAGCAACAGGAGCAAACCAAGCAACCUGUCAGUUCCAAGUCAGCCGGCCAUCGCUAUCCGCGACCCAAGUCUACGAUUAUUGCCUCGGCCCACUCGAAUUUCGCUAGCACCUAUGAAAAGUUUAGCGGUGGUCUCUGUAGGCAGAUUAAUGGCGAGGUGAAUCCGGACAGCAGGAACACUAGCAAUGCCAGGCGUUAUGGUAUUGAUUCGUUGAGUAUCAAAGCCUCCAUAGAGAAGUUUAACAAUCUUAGUGGACAAAAGAGGCAAACUCCGUGCUCUGGAGCGGGAAUAGUAUCUGGCAGUGUUACAAGGUCAGGUUCAGGAGUUGGAGCUGGAACUAAUCGUAGCAAUAAUUCAUCACAGGCAGGUGGGAGCAGCGGCAAUCUGCAGCAGCGCUACAGCAGCGACCUGGAAAACAUUAGAGUGGCGGCAGGGUAUAGUAGUUCCCUGACUAGAGCAGCCUAUCGGACAACAGCAACAAUGAAUAAUGUUAGCACGCCGGUGGCGGCACCGUCUAUGGUGGGAGGCCCAAUUGGUGGAGGGGGCGUUACGGCAGUAGUUUCGCCUAUUAACAAGUUGAACCUGAGAGGAUCCCACAACAGCCGGCAGUCAGUCGAAUGCGAAAGCCAACCCAUAGCCAUCAAGGUAAACAAAGAUUCAACGAUAGCCGAAACACCUAAUGCUGUCAGUGGAACAGCAACACAAACACCAGCCACGUCUUCCGUCGCCACAGUCACCGCCACAGCCCAAAGUUCCGUCAGCGAUAGUACGGCGGCGAGGAGCGGCACUGGCGUUAGCAGCAGUGCCAGAAGUGUUUUGCCGCCCAUGACGCCCACGUCGAGUCGCUACUGGGAUCGGGACCGGGAGAGCGGCACCAGCCGUAGCAUCGCCAGCACCUCCUCUGCCCUUAAUUCGUCGUCCCUGAAGCACAAUUCGGAUGAUGGCUACAAAAGCGCCUCCUCGUCGCGGGAUGAAAAGUCCGAAGGUCUGUGCGGACUGCGAAACAUUGGGAACACUUGCUUUAUGAACUCGGUUAUACAGUGUCUAAGCCAUACCCAGGAGUUGACCCGCUUCUUGCGGUCGCACCACGGCUCCCGCUCGUCCUCCACCAAGGAUCAGCAGAUACUCCACGAAUUUGCCAAACUCAUCCAGGAGAUGUGGACCUCGAAUGUACACACGGUAACACCCAUGGAGCUGAAGCGAGCCUUCUCGACAAAGCACCGCAUGUAUAGCGACUAUAACCAACAGGAUGCGCAGGAGUUCCUACGUUUCUUUCUCGACUCGCUGCACUCGGCCCUCAACUCAGGCGUCAAGGGUGAGACGCUUAAUAUUGACGAUAAUCUCAGUGACAAUAAAAAAGCGGAUUUGACCUGGGAGUGGUACACACGGCACGAGAAUUCGUUGGUCCGCGACCUAUUCGUCGGUCAGCUUAAGAGCACGCUUAAAUGCACUACCUGCGGCAACACCAGCGUCACCUUCGAUCCGUUCUGGGACCUAAGCGUACCACUACCGUCCUCUUCGCGCUGCAAGCUGGAGGCCUGCCUUGACCUCUUUAUACGCGAGGAGGUCCUUGACGGCGAUGAAAUGCCCACGUGCGCCAAGUGCAAGACGCGUCGGAAAUGCACCAAAAGCUUCACUAUACAGCGUUUCCCAAAAUAUCUUGUUAUACACCUAAAACGCUUUUCGGAGACGCGUUGGAGCAAACUGUCUAACAUUGUCGAGUUCCCCACAUCGGACAGCGAGCUAAACAUGGGUUCCUAUGGCGCCAACUCCAACUCGAAUGUUCAUUACUCGCUCUAUGCGAUAUCCAACCACAUGGGUUCAACGGCUGGCGGUCAUUAUGUUGCCCUUUGCAAGCAUCCCGCCUCCCGAAAGUGGCACGAGUUUAAUGAUAAUAUCGUCAGCGAUGCCUUGUCUGAAAACCAUCUCGUUUCAUCCAGUGCCUAUAUUCUUUUCUACGAGCGUGCGUAGGGCCCGAUCUGAGCUCUACGGCAACUUAAGGUGUGAAGUGUCGGGGAGAUUGAAGUUCCAGAUCUUCUAGCGCGCUUCUCAAAUCGGGAUUGCAACCACUAUAACCAUAGGAACGGGAUGAGACCGAUAAGAAAUGGAACAACCAACAAACGAACUCUUAAAAACGCUUCGUAGAAUUGCAUACAAACAAAUUUAAUUAAUUUAACUCAACGUGAAGCAAAGCAAAACCAACUCUUUAACUUAUAGCGAAACCAAAACAAAAAUGGAAAAACUAAACAGAAGUGUAUACAAAACAUGAAUGAAUAUGAAUGUACAUACAUAUAUAAAAACGAACUUCGAUGGAUAAAAAAAAAAAAACAAGAAAACAGCAAAAUAAAACUCUGACGGAAAACAAUGAAUCUGUGCUUUAACAACUCGGCAAACCAAAAAACCUCAAGCCCCAGGUUAAAUGCAAUACUACUUACUAAUAUAUAUUGACAGAAUGUUUUUUAUAGGGAUACGUAAGGCAAUCACCUCCACAAACUAAUUAAUGAUUCAAAAUUUCUCUUUUUAAGUGUUUUUUUUUAACUAAAUUUUUAAUUUGCAUGACCUACUCUCUAUCUGUUAUUCGCCUAUCGUUCUACCCCUGUCCUACUUUCAGUCGGUUUGCCGAAGAAAAAUGUCCUGUGGUUGUGUGUAUAAUAAACAAAUUAAACGUGGGAAGAGAACAACUAAUUAUAAAAUUAAAUUCGUAUUGUGCAAUAUAUUUCAUAACAGAUACAAAGCAAAUAUAACAGCAAUAAAUAUUUCAAACUGCAGACGAUUAAAACCAAACAAACCGCAAUCGCACCACAAGAAAAACACUAGCUAAAAGAAACGGCUUUUAAGAAACUAAUAAGAGAUAAUAUUAAACGAUAAAUAAGGUAUAAAUUGAGUAAAGAGGGACGCAAUGUAAAGCUAUAAUCUGCAUUGUGGAAACGUACUUAUGAUAAAUGCUAGUAGUAAAAUUUAUUAAUUAAAAUUGAAACGAUCAUCAUCAACACCAAAAAACCAUUGUUAUCCUUUAGUCAAUAUACCAACCAAUCAGCUUAACUUACCAGUCCAUUAAAAUUGGAAAUUCCUCUGACACCAACAAGUAGGAGAGAAUUUCCCGGGAACAAAUUACCGAUACGAAGUUCGUUUAAAGUUAAUAAAAUUUUUCUUUUGUUUGGCUAGCAAAAGGCUACCAAAACUAGUCUAAAAACAUGUAUGAGAGCUACUUAACGAAACAAUGUUUUGUUUGAUUUUAUGUGUAUUUUGUAGAUUAAGCCGAACGUUUUUUCAUCACCCCAGAAAUCCCUCUUAUACUUCCUAUAUAUAUAUAUUUUGUUGCCUAUUUUGUUUAUAUAAUAUAUAUUGUAAAUUAUUUAUUUAUUGUAUUUAUGUAUAUGAUAUAUAACAAUCACAGACACCUCCAAACACAGACUUACACCAAACGAAACAGUAUGUGUACAUAAGGAGCUCGUUUUCGCCACAAAAAAGCAAUAGAAAGUCUACAACUAUACCCACACAUCACUUAAAUUGUGAUGAGAUAUAAUAAAAACGAACAAGACACAUUACUUAUUUAUUUGUAAACAAAAUAAACGUUUAAUUUGAACUAUUAAUUUCAAUUAUAAUUGUUGGAUAUUUUACUAACGUUAAAGAAAAUCCAAAUAAAAAACAAUGAGAAAAAAAGGAAAAACAUAUGCAAAAAUUAAAUUGAAAAACGAA